ACGUCCGGUUUGUAUAUUCGAGGCGGUGUUGAGCAGACGGGCUCGAGCAUAACGUCUAGAAUAAAGCGGAGGUAAAGUGUCCGAAGAUCUGUUUCACUUCGUUUUAAGGUAUUUCUGCAACAUUAUUUAAUGAAAAGUUUAAACUCCAGCUAGAGAAUCCGACGUAUCUGGAUACUGACGAUUGUUGGUUGCUGUCCUCUGCGGAAACCAGCUCGCUGGGGAGAAACGACAGGGCCGAAGAAGGAUCAGACAAAGACUUGUUAUCGAGGGAAGCCUCGUCGGGAAGGGAGUAUUCCCUGCAGAUGUGCAGCAGCUGUUGGUGAUUACAGAGGGGGUGCCUUUAAUAGAGUCUGGACAAGCAGGACCUAGAGCCCCACCUAAUAAUAGAGGAACAAGAGGAACUAUGGCCCAAUCAGGACUGAGAACAGUUGAUGAUGGGGUGGUGGAGAGUGUCACCAUUUUACCAAUGAGGAUGGGUCCUCUGAAGAAUGAGGAUGAUGAUAAAGAAUUUCAGCCUUGUUCAUAUUCAGCCAAUCUUCAUCAAACCCAAACUGAAGGCAACACAGAGGUAGAAGCUCCAACCAACAGCCCAGCUAAAUGGAUUAAAUCAGAAACUGAUGGAGAGGACUGUGGAGGACCAGAACUAACCAGUAACCCAGACCCAAACAGUUAUUUACAACCAAAUAGUAACAGAAAGACUUCAGGCUCUUCUGAGAUGAAACGUUUAUCACAUUUUGGACCUAAAAUGGAAGACGAUGAUAAAGACUGGAAUGACAACAGGGGACAUGGGUCAGGUGUAAACAGUGAUGUGGAGUGUAACGCUGCCAACAAAUCCCUCAGCUGCUCUGAAUGUGGUAAAAUGUUUCACUACCAGAAAUCUUUCCAGAAACACUUAGCACACCAUUCAGAAAAAAUGUCUUUGAGCUGUUUGAACAGUAAGAAACAUUUUAAAAUAACAGAAAAUGGAAUUAUCCAGAAAAGAGUCCACACAGAGAAAACAUUUGGAUGUGAUGUUUGUGGUAAAAUCUUUAGUCGUAAAAGAAACCUUAAGAUACACACGAGAGUCCACACAGGAGAGAGACCCUUCAGCUGUGAAAAAUGUGGACAAAGAUUUGGUCAAAAGUCACACUUAAACCAACACAUGAGAAUCCACACAGGAGAAAGACCGUUCAGCUGUGAUGAAUGUGGACAAAAAUUUGGUCUAAAGUCAAGAUUAAACCUGCACAUGAGAAUCCACACAGGAGAGAGACCAUUCAGCUGUGAUGAAUGUGGACAUAGAUUUGUUCAUAAAAUACACUUAACCCAUCACAUGAGAGUCCACACAGGAGAGAGACCAUUCUGCUGUGAUGAAUGUGGACAUAGAUUUAGUCUAAAAUCAAACUUAGACAAACACAUGAGAAUCCACAAAGGAGAGAAACCAUUUAGCUGUGAUGAAUGUGGACAUAGAUAUAGUCAAAAGGGAAACUUAGACAAGCACAUGAGAGUCCACACAGGAGAGAAACCAUUCAGCUGUGAUGAAUGUGGAAAUAGAUUUGGUACAAAAUUAAGCUUAGACGAACACAUGAGAAUCCACACAGGAGAUAAACCAUUCAGCUGUGAUGAAUGUGGGCGUGACUUUCGUCAAAAGAGAAGCUUAGACGAACACAUGAGAACCCACACAGGAGACAGACCAUUCAGCUGUGAUGAAUGUGCACGUGAUUUUAGUAACAAGAGAAGCCUAAAAGACCACAUCAGAAUCCACACAGGAGAUAAACCCUUUAGCUGUGAUGAAUGUGGACAUGCCUUUUAUCACAAAAAAAGCUUAAAAGACCACAUGAGAAUCCACACAGGAGAGAGACCAUUCAGCUGUGAUGAAUGUGGACAAAGCUUUACUUACAAGUCAACCUUAAACAUACACAUGAGAAUCCACACAGGAGAGAGACCAUUCAGCUGUGAUGAAUGUGGGCAUAAAUUUAGUGAAAAAACAAGCUUAAAACGACACAUGAGAAUCCACACGGGAGAGAGACCAUUCAGCUGUGACGAAUGUGGACGUACAUUUCGUCAAGAAACAGGUUUAGACCAACACAUGAGAGUCCACGCAGGAGACAGACCAUUCCACUGUAAUGAAUGUGGACAUAGAUUUGGUCACAAGUCAAGCUUAGACCGACACAUGAGAAUCCACACAGGAGACAAACCAUUCAGGUGUGAGGUGUGUGGUAAAUUGUUUAGGUGGCAUAAGUCUUUGAAAGGACACAUGCGUGUCCACAUAACAUAGAAGAGGCACAAUUUCAGGACUUUGUUGCAAAGCUUCAAAGAAUGUGUUUGCAGUAUAAAUAUGCGCUGGUUAGAAGAACUUCAGGGGCAUUAUUGCAUUAAAGCUACUCAAGGCAAGUUUUUUUCUGUAUCAUAUUUCAUGCACAAGAUAAUUUAAAGUGAUUUACAUAAAACAUUAAAGGCAUUACAGUGGGGAGCAGAAAGCAAUACAAAACUUAAACUUAAAAGAAAUAAAAGAAAUUUAAUAAAAAGAAAAAAAAAUCACAAAAGUUACAAUGUAAAGAAGUUGUCACAGUUGUUUUCAUAAAAGGCAGUAAAUUGAAGCGUUUUUAAAUUCUUUGAUCUUUGGAAAGAUCUCAGGACUUGUGACUCUUGGUGAGGCCUUGAGCAGCAGCGUUCUGGACUAACUGCAGCUAUGAUAGACUUUUUAGGGAGCCCUGUGAGGAUAACAUUAUAGUUUUCUAGUUUACUAAAGAUAAAUGCAUGGACAGGUUUUUCUAUCUUCUAUACGUUUUUUUUAAGUGACAAUAGAUUCACUUCACAACUGUCUUAAUAUAACUGCUAAAGUUCAUGUCUGACUCCAUGACUACUCCCAGAUUUCUGGCUUGGUUGUUAGUUUUGAACUUAGCUGUUAG